GGAGGGGUGUUUUCUCCCUUCUGAGCGAGCCAAAGGGGAUAAUUUCCUAAAAUGGGGGUCUAACAGAGCAACAAACCGCGCCGCGUCUCAGCGAUUCGCAGUCGCUCACGCCCCGCGGGACGGAAGGGAGAAGCGGUGCUGCAAGUCGUGCGCCCUGCUCCGGGUCCACCCGGAGGAUGGUGUGACCCGGGCGCCCCUCCCCACGCCCUGUGGGGCAGCUGUUAGGGACGGGGAACAGCGGACCGUAGCGCGGUAGACAUGGCGUAUCCUGGGCAUCCCGGCGCUGGAGGCGGCUACUACCAGGGCGGGUAUGGAGCUGCUCCAGGAGGACCAGUGUUCCAUGGGCAGACUCAAGAUCCUUUGUAUGGUUAUUUUGCUGCGGUAGCUGGGCAGGAUGGACAAAUAGAUGCUGAUGAGCUGCAGAGAUGUCUGACCCAGUCGGGCAUAGCAGGAGGGUAUAAACUAUUUGGCUGUCUAGGAGAUAUCUGUCUGUUUCAGAUGUUGGCUUUCAACCUAGAGACGUGCAGGCUCAUGAUUUCUAUGCUGGAUAGGGAUAUGUCUGGUACAUUGGGAUUCAAUGAAUUUAAAGAGCUCUGGGCUGUGUUGAAUGGGUGGAGACAACACUUCAUAAAUUUUGACAGUGACAGAAGUGGUACAGUGGAUCCUCAAGAGCUGCAGAAAGCCUUGACAACUAUGGGAUUUAGGUUGAGCCCACAGGCAGUGACUGCAGUCGCAAAACGAUACAGCACCCAUGGGAAGAUUACAUUUGAUGAUUACAUUGCCUGCUGUGUAAAACUCAGAGCUCUCACUGACAGUUUUCGAAGAAGGGAUACAUCCCAGCAGGGUGUUGUGAAUUUCCAGUAUGAUGAUUUCAUACAGUGUGUUAUGAGCAUCUAAUUGAAGAGGAAGGAAGAUGUGGAUGGGCAUGAUUAACAUUCCACUUUGUGUUUUGCUUUGCACCUAAAUUUAUCAUGGCAAUGUAACUAAAUAUUGGUAUUUGCAUAUUUUAUAAUGAUGCUGCUUUGUGAUUUUUUUUUUUAGUUUUGAUAAAUACAAAUGAACAAAGGAUGUUUUUAAAAUGAAAGAUCAGCUCUCAUCCUUAACCUUAUUUUUUUUAAUUUUGCAUAUACUUGUAAAUCACCUUUUUAUGUAUAACUUAAAUGAUUAUGUAAAUCGUAAGACUUUCUGUAGUGUUUACACUUCCCCCUCUCAUGAGCUACUAAAAACAUUCAUCACA